CUUUAUGUUUCGUUACUUUACGUUACGUUACUUUAUGUUUCGUUACUUUAUGUUUCGUUACUUUAUGUUUCGUUACUUUACGUUACGUUACUUUACGUUACGUUACUUUAUGUUUCGUUACUUUACGUUACGUUACUUUCCUGUAGAAUGUUGUCGGGUUGACACAGUGAACUCCUCGGUGUGUCGACUGUGUUGAACUUUAUUUCCAUGACAUCAUCGCUCGUCUUUGAGUGAAACUUUUAAUCCUCACAACAUUCACUUGAAUCUGAAUUGAAGGCUCUCCGACCAGCGGAGCACUCCACUUCCCACAAUGCUUCACUCUAUCGUGCCUGUUCGUGGUACCUGUCCGUGUGAGAGAGGAUUCUUUUGUUUGGUCUAAACAAACCGGCAACUUAUUGACCGCCAACCUAUUGCCCAACCUAUUGCCCAACAUAUUGGUCAACCUAUUGCCCAACAUAUUAGCCAACAUAUUGCCCAACAUAUUGGCCAACCUAUUGGCCAACCUAUUGGCCAAUCUAUUGCCCAACAUAUUGCCGUGUUCCCUCACUGCAGACGUCAAACUGACAUCCAGAACAUUCCAGGUUGUUGUUCUUGUUUUGUGUGUUUGUUUUUUCAGAGUAUUUUCCUACAGCUUUUUGUAUGUCAUGCCUAUUACACGUGAGUGUGUGUGUGUCUCUGUGAGUGUGUGUGUGUGUCUGUGUGUGUGUGGUUUGCUUUGUGAGCGUGUUUCUGAUGUCACUUCCUGGUUUAGCUGUUGGCUGUCAUGACGAUGACGAAGAUGAUGAUGUCACUGUUUAAUGAUAUAGAUUUAAAGCUUCACACUUUAGCCUCGAAUGUUUUUGUGUAACCGUAAAUAAUUAGUUUGUAUCGCUUCUACCCACAAAUAAAAAUAUACACGCACACAGUGUGAGUCUGUCUGGACAUAACGUGUGUCUGUGAGUGUGUGUAUGAGUGCGUCUGUGUGAGUGUGUAUGAGUGCGUCUGUAUGUAUGUGCGUGUGUGUAUGAGUGCGUCUGUGUGUGUGUAUGAGUGUGUGUAUGAGUGCGUCUGAGUGUGUGUGUGUUUGAGUGUGUGUAUGAGUGCGUCUGAGUGUGAGUGUGUAUAUGAGUGUGAGUGUAUCUGUGUGUUUGAGUGUGUGUGUGUAUGAGUGCGUCUGAAUGUAUGAGUGUGUGUAUGACUCGUCCUUGUCUCUGUUUCCUCUUCCAGAAAUAAAGAUGCAUGAUGGAAAUAUGUAGAGAUGUUAUUAGACUAUAUAUACAUAUAUAUAUAUAUGUACUUAUAUGUCUAUAUAGCAUGUAUACUAGUAUAUCGGUACACUUUUAGAGUACAAGUAUAACUUCCAUAUGUCUUAACUUUAAUAAACACCAUUUCCCAGAAUCCUUUGCAGCGGCGGCUGAAUCCUCAUGUUGGAGCUUUCAGAGAAGCGGACAGCUGAGAGGAGACACAGACACACACACAGACACAAAGAGACACACACAGAGAGACACAGACAGACACACACACAGAGACACAGACAGACACACAGAUAGACACACACAGACAGACACACACACAGAGACACAGACAGACACACUCAUACUCACACAGACACACACACAGAGAGAGAGACACAGACAGACUCACACAGACACACACACAGUUGGACACACACUCAUACAAACAGACACGCACGAAUACACACACUCACAGACAGACGCACAAAGACGCACAAAGACGCACACACACCUGCUAUUAUGUUAUGAUAAUAAGUCUUAGUGUCUGCAGGACGCAGAGAAGCCGAGAAUUACCCAGUGACAGGCCUAAUGCCAGGUGUGUGUGUGUGUGUGUGUGAGUGCGUGUGUGUGUGUGUGUGCAGCGGUCCCUUCUUAAGGCUCAGACUCCCCGUGUCCCGGUGACUCGUCUCCUCUGUUCCAGCCUCACGAUGAUGGACGCAGAAGCUACGAAGCGUUACUAUGACGACGGAUGGAAACGAGCCGAGGAAGGGAGUAAAGUUCAGGACGAGGGAGAGAGAGAGAGAAAGAUCACCUUCCUGCCGCGCAGGACGACACAGGACGACAGCAGCGGGACAAAGAUGGCGUCCUCCUGCUGUGCGUUUUGUCUCCGUCUGAAGGACAAAUGUCCUCGACCACGAGGACUCCUCAACCUGCUGGUCACCAAAGUGUGUGUGUUCUCCCUCCUCUUCGGGGUGGUCUGGUCCAUAACAGGAAGUGAGUGUCUCCCUGGAGGAAACCUGUUCGGUGUGGUGGUCCUCUUCAUCUGCUCCGUUCUGGGGGGGAAGCUGGUUGGAAUGAUCCAACUGCCAACGCUGCCCCCCUUCCCUCCUCUACUUGGCAUGCUGCUCUCGGGGCUGCUGUUGCGUAACGUUCCCUACGUCACGGACGCCGUCUACAUCGACACCCAUUGGUCCUCAGCCCUGAGGAACAUCGCCCUGUCAAUCAUCCUCACCAGGGCCGGGCUGGGCCUGGACCCCUCGGCGCUGAGCCGCCUGAAGGCCGUGUGUGUGCGUCUCGCCGUCGGCCCGUGUGUGGUGGAGGCCUCAGUCGUCGCCGUAGUUUCUCACUUCCUGCUGGGACUGCCCUGGGUGUGGGGCUUCAUCCUGGGCUUCGUGCUGGCCGCCGUGUCCCCUGCCGUCGUGGUCCCCUCCAUGCUGCUCCUGCAGAGAGACGGCUACGGGGUGGACAAGGGGAUCCCGACCCUCCUGAUGGCUGCUGGGAGCUUUGAUGACAUUCUGGCCAUCACAGGGUUCUCCACCUGCCUGGGGAUCGCCUUCUCCACAGGUUCUACGUGGAUGAACGUCCUGAAGGGCCUCCUGGAGGUGGUGGGGGGGGCGGUGGCCGGUCUGGUUCUGGGUCUGUUCCUGUGCUGCUUCCCCAGUAGAGACCAGGAGGACCUGGUCUUGACGAGGACCCUGAUCCUGUUGGGUCUCUCCAUCUUCUCGGUGUUCUUCAGUCACGUCGUCGGGUUCUCGGGGGCCGGCGGUCUCGCCACGCUGGUUCUGGCCUUCCUGGCCGCUCUGGGCUGGAAGACCGACAAGGCCCCGGUGGCGGCCCUGGUGGGUCUCUCGUGGGACGUGUUCCAGCCGCUCCUCUUCGGCCUCAUCGGAGCCGAGAUCACCAUCAAGACCCUGGACCCCCGCACCGUGGGUCUGGGUCUGGCCUGCAUCGGGACCGGUCUGGUGAUCCGGCUGCUCGUCACCUUCCUGCUGGUCCACUUCGGAGGAUUCAGCCUGAAGGAGAAACUCUUCAUCGCGGUGGCCUGGCUCCCCAAGGCCACCGUCCAGGCCGCCAUCGGGUCCAAGGCGUUGGACCUGGCGAGAGACGAGGGGGACGAGACCUUGAUCAAGUUUGGGUUGGACGUGCUAACGUUAGCCGUGUUAGCCAUCCUGACCACGGCGCCCAUCGGAGCGCUGGGCAUCGGCCUGGCCGGACCCCGCCUCCUGACCCGGCAGGUCAAAGAAGACACAGAGGGCGGAGCCACGACUCCAAGCAGCCACGGGAUUGGUCAAGAAAAGGACAGCGGGACGCUUGAGAGCAAGCUCUGAGGCCUCUGAUUGGACGAUGAGUUAAAGCAGAGAUGUUUUAAAUGUGUCGCUGAAUGUUUCUUUAUCCUUUGAUGAGCUAAUGCUAACAGCACGAGCUACGGCUAAUGCUAACAGCACGGGCUACGGGUAAUGCUAACAGCACGAGCUACGGCUAAUGCUAACAGCACGAGCUACGGCUAAUGCUAACAGCACGGGCUACGGCUAAUGCUAACAGCACGGGCUACGGCUGCUAGCUUAAUGUUGAGCUGCUCGGGAUGAAACCAGAUACAUUUUUAAACUUUCUUAAAGUUUUACAAAGUUUCAAAUGUUUUUGUUUGAUCUUCAGAAAUGAAAAAUAAAAAGUUGUCUCACUUCC